CCUCCGCCUCUUCGGAAACGGGAUGUGAUGUAAAUACACAGAAACUUUUUUUCUGUCCCUCUCUCCUUGGUGUAUGUCUUCUUCUUUCAACAAACUGCUGCGCUAAAAGUAGAAUAAGAGCAAAAGAAGUAAAGUAAAAAGUCGCGUAAGUGAAGCAUCCGGGAGGUAAAGCCACCGUUAGUUUUGUCCACCAUGAUCCUGUGAGCUCCUACGUCUGUCUCCGACAACAAACUCAAGAGGAGCCGGACUGCACUCCGAGAAAAACGAAUCGAAGCGGAGAGAGGCUCGCUGCUGGUGUGGACCCGGAGGGAAACUGCGGACAGAGAUGUAGCAUGUGUGUUGGUGUGAUCGGCGGACCAUCAUGCACCUCUUCUUGCUGCUGAUCCUUCAAGCUACAGCAGCCAUCGGACAGAUUGAUCCCGCACACUGUCGCUACCCCUUGGGCAUGGAGGAUCGACGGAUCAAAGAUGAUGCGCUCAAAGCAUCCAGCCAAUGGCACGAAACAACAGGACCACAGUACGCCAGGUUGAAUCGUGAGGAGGGAGACGGCGCCUGGUGUCCUGCAGCGCUGCCAUCAGUCAGUCAGUACCUCGAGGUGGAUCUCGGCAGACUCACCUUUCUGACGGUUAUUGGUACUCAGGGACGAUAUAUCAGGAACUCUGGGAAUGAGUUUGCCCGAGAGUAUCGCGUAAACUACAGCAGGGACGGCAAGCUGUGGAAGUCCUGGAGGAAUCGGCAGGGGAACGAGAUUAUUGAGGGAAACAAAGACGCCUACACCUCUGUCAUAAAGGACCUCCGCCCUCCGAUAGUCACCCGCUACGUCCGGCUGCUCCCCGUGACCAGACUGUCCACCACCGUCUGCAUGAGAGUGGAGCUGUACGGCUGUUCAUGGGACGAUGGGCUGAUAUCCUACAGCGCUCCAGAGGGUCAGCGGAUGCAACCGCCAGGUUAUCCCAUCGCCAACCUCAAUGACUCCACAUAUGAUGGAGUACACGAAAGGGGGAAGCUUUUCGGCGGCCUGGGUCAGCUGACGGACGGCGUGAUCGGCCAAGAUGACUUCACACGGACCCACGAGUACAGCGUGUGGCCUGGCUACGACUACCUGGGCUGGAAAAACGACUCGCUGGAAUACGUGGAGAUGGAGUUCGUGUUCGACAGGCAGAGAAACUUCACCUCGAUGAAGGUCCACAGUAACAACAUGUUCUCCCGCGAUGUGAAGAUCUUCUCCUCGGUCUCCUGUUGGUUUAAGCCCCACUUUGUAUGGGAGGCGGAGCCUGUGGAGUUCAGGACGGUGCUGGAUGACCGGAAUCCAAGUGCUCGCUACGUCACCGUGGAUCUGAACCACCGCACUGCCAAAUCCCUCCGCUGCCACUUUUACUUUGCUGACGUCUGGAUGAUGUUUAGCGAGAUUUCCUUUCAGUCAGUGGAUACCAUAUUCCUGACCCAAAUGACAUCUCCUCUACCCACUAAGGACACCAUCACAACACCUGCACAGAAGACAGCCGCUGCUCCAUCAGCUAGUGCCACACCAGAUGAUGGGAAAACACCCAUCCUUAUCGGCUGCCUGGUAACCAUCAUCCUUUUGUUGGUCAUCAUCAUCUUCCUCAUCCUAUGGUGUCAGUACGUCUGCAAGGUAUUAGAGAAGGGUCCACGUCGGAUUCUUGAUGAGGAGGUGACGGUCCGGCUGUCGUCCUGCAGUGACACCAUCAUUUUACAGACUCCACCUGUGCCCCCGCGCUCUGGACGCGCCCCGACUGGUCCUGUGAACACUGACCCUCACUAUGAGAGAAUUUUCCUGUUGGACCCUCAGUACCAGAACCCAGCGGUGCUGAGAAACAAACUUCCAGAGCUGUCACAGAGCGCAGAGGCAUCUGCUCUCCUCCUUGGUAAUCCUCUCUAUGACCUCCUCCUGCUGACUUCCUGUCAUAUGACAUCAGGAUGGCUUCGUGCAUGUGGAGGUGGCUAUGCUGAGCCAGACAUCACCCAGUGCACGCCGCACCAGUGUUUCCAUAGCAAUGCGCCACACUACGCUGAGACGGACAUCGUGCGGCUGCAGGGCGUCACUGGCAGCAACAUGUACGCCGUCCCCGCCCUCACCGUGGACUCUCUCACCAGGAAGGACAUCUCCGCUGCUGAGUUUCCUCGGCAACAGCUGAUCUUCAGGGAGAAGCUGGGGGAGGGGCAGUUUGGCGAGGUCCACCUGUGUGAGGCGGAGGGACUCCCAGAAUUUCUUGGGGAAGGCUCGCCCCUCCCUGACCGAGACGGUCACUCUGUGCUUGUGGCUGUUAAACAGCUGAGGGCCGACGCUACCAGCCAAGCCAGGAACGACUUCCUGAAGGAAAUAAAGAUUAUGUCUCGUCUGAAUGACCCCAACAUCAUCCGACUGCUGUGUGUGUGUGUGUCGUCCGACCCACUGUGCAUGGUUACUGAGUACAUGGAGAACGGAGACCUCAACAUGUUCCUGUCGCAGCGGGAGAUCGAGAGCACUCUAACACAUGCCAACAACAUCCCUUCAGUCAGCCUGUCUGACCUCCUCCAUAUGGCGGUGCAGAUCUCGUCGGGGAUGAAGUACUUGGCAUCUCUGAACUUUGUGCACCGUGACCUGGCCACAAGAAACUGCCUGCUGGACCGCCGCCUCACCAUCAAGAUUGCCGACUUCGGUAUGAGCCGAAACCUGUACAGCAGCGACUACUACCGUAUCCAGGGCCGGGCGGUGCUGCCUAUACGAUGGAUGGCCUGGGAGAGCAUUUUGUUGGGUAAAUUCACCACAGCCAGUGACGUGUGGGCCUUUGGAGUCACCCUGUGGGAGAUCUUCACUCUGUGUAAGGAGCAGCCCUACAGCCUGCUGUCUGAUGAACAGGUCAUAGAGAACACUGGCGAGUUCUUCAGGAACCAGGGCAGACAGAUCUUCCUCUAUGCCCCUCCACUCUGCCCACCUUCUCUCUUUGAGCUGAUGAUGCGUUGCUGGAGUCGCGAUAUCCCUGACCGACCCACCUUCGAGGGACUUUACCAAGCCCUGAAGCCCCACGUCAACCAGUGAGUCAAGGCUGCUGGGAUCUGCUGGUUGGGAUUUCCGUGGCGGUGGGACUCUUAUAAGAAGACAGACUGACACAAGAGCACAGAGGACUGGAAUUACAGUGCAGAGGGAUUGUUGGUUUGCUUCACGGCACUAGCGACUCCCUUUUCUGAAAGACCAGGUGAUGAUGGAGGGAGACGUGACUAGUCAGCUCAGAGGAGAAAAUAUGGCAAGCUUCAGACCUUUUGGUCCAUAGUGAACAAACCAUUGGCAGUUUCAUAGCUUCUUCUGUUUUUUUACAGCCGCUUUACCCCAAGCCUUUUGACUUGUUUGUGCCAAAAGUUGCCUUAAACCAUUUGUUUCCUUCUCUUUGACUUUUAGAGAUUACAAAAAACUGGAUAGUCCUUGUAGUUUCUCCUUUCCCUGUGGGUUUUUAUUAUUAUUAUCAUUAUUAUUAUUAUUAUUGUUAUUAUUAUUAUUGUAAAGCACUGUGUCUGUGUCUCUCAGUUAUUCAUGUUCAUAUAUUAAUCCACACUGGAGCUAGGGCUAUAGGGUCAGAUUUUAGUGUAGGAUUUUAUUUUUUAGAUUUAUUCUAUUUUAAAAUUUUGUUGUUUUGUGGAGUUUCACAAUCGUUGGUCUUUUUUUUUUGUGGAUAUGAAUGUUGGUCAGCUGAGGUUCACGUCACAGUGCCAAGAAGCUGAAGAAACCUGUGUGGCUCACAGACUGAAAAUCAGUCGGUGGGUAUCUGUGGGAAAUUUUGAAAAAAAAGAACUUAAAGCCACAUGAGAAAAAAGCUGAAUCAUGCCACUUUUGUUCCCUAAGAGACAAAAAAAAAUGUUGAAAUGCAGUUUUAAAAUAAAAACAGAAUUGUAAGCAUCUUUGUGAAGAUGGGCAUGAUGGUCAAAAUCCUUUUAUUCAAAGUGCUUUGCAUAUGUAGCAAAAUCGGUACCAGAGGGAAAGGUCAUGGACGCCUGACCCUCAGAUGCUGGUCGCAGGGAGAUUAACCAAGUGUCGAAUACCAAGGUGUCAUUUAACCUGUCGGUGUUUGUCUUUGGGGACCUGCAAAAUACACAUUUUGUGGAUAAAAAAAUCAAAAGGCAUACCUGAUUUAAACGUGGGCACCACGUGGUCAGAGUUUAGUGCACACCAGCAUGUAAAACAUUAAAAAAGCAGGAUUUUCACUCAGCACUUGGUUUGUCCUCUCAAAAUGAAAUUCAGGUUCAUUGGUCACACACGUCAGUGACACACAAAUGCAAAUCUGAUAGUUAUGAGCCCUGCUUAGGCAGCCCAUCUCUGUGGGGAGAUUUAAAACAGGUAUCCUUUUUGAUUUUUGAUGGGCAUUGUGGAACUUUAUGAAUGCACCUUGCAUAUCUCCUUAUUUGAACUCACAAAGCUGAAGGUGUUAAGCUCUUCUCUGGCUUCAUGUAGUCGGUUUUAUUCACAGAAAUAAACUGCAGUAAUACUUACUGCAUUGCUGCACAUGUAGAUGUCUCACCAUUUGAUAUGUCUAGUCUUCUGUAGUCUGAAUUUGCUAGAAUUUGAACUCCAGACAAGGCAUUUUGUCUUGACUUAAUGUACCAUCUACAUUUGGGGCUGUGAGUUCCCAAACUACUGGGUUACAACAAGGUUCACUGAUGAGUGAAAGCUGAUAGACUGUGGGCAAAUGGAGGCCUUACACCAAGGCUGGAUUUCCAACUAGGCAAAGCAGGAAACUGGGAAAAAGCCAUUUGUCUGUCACCACUGGUUGUAGCUAAAAAAUGUUUAAGUGCUUCCAACACUGAGCAGGUAUUUAACCGAAGAGCGCCCUGCAAUAAUAGUUCAUUUUCUGACCCUGUGUAGUGGAAUAACCCUGUGGCAGAUUGUACCAUUUUAGUUUAGUUUGUCCGUAGCGGAGCCUGUUCCUGAAGUUAUAUUUAAUCAAAUGUAGGUGUAAAGACUAAUGUUUCAGCUCAGAGGAUCUGAUUACACGGUUCAUAUUCAAAGGCACACUGGUCAGGAGAUCAGUGUUAGCUAUCAGUGUAUGUUUUACAUGGGGGCCACUUAACAGGUUCAUGCAUUAGAGAAGUCACUGCAUCCAAUCACUGCAGCACCUUUACUGAAAAAACCAUAAAGAUUUUUACGUUUAAAAAGCAAUUCAUUCAUUCUGACUUUGUUUUGCAUAGCAUUCAGAUGAGUCUUGUUUACAGAACUAAUGCUGGAUCGAUGCAGACUGUAGACUGGAUUUAUUGUUCUUCUGUCAGGAUGUCUUAGGAGUAAUAAACUUUUAACAAAAAAAACCCCCGAAACAAUAAAUGUUUCAUGUCCAAAUGUUUCACAAUGAUUUCAGCUUCAGCCAAAACUGACAAACGAUACGAGCGUUGGAAUUUUCAUGAUUCUGUCUCAUCUUCAAAGUGUUGGCAUUAACUUUAAUCCAAGUAUCAGUCCUCACCUUCCUUCUUGCAAGAUUGAAAAUUUAUAACCGAUAAGGAAGUUCAUGUCGACAGUGCAACGAUUUAAGCGAGCAGUUACAGAUAUAAGGCCAUACAGAUUCAUAUAGAUAGGUGACCAUAGCCAGUGAGUAUUUUGCACAACCUGACAAGGGAGGGAUGGAUCUGACUAUGAAACUGAGGGAUGGGUCGUAAGGAAGGCCCAUUUGCUUAAGCAAAGCAUACCCUGCUUUAAGUCCAGUUAACUCUAAAUGAACCGUAGUUUACAAAAUAAAAUUUGUGCUGAAUUAGGUCAGACUAGAAACUAUUGAAUAAGACUAUAAACUACCUGGGAAAGUCUUUACUUCACAAAUGAAGUUAGCUGAAGAGAGAUUCUCAUAGACUUCUGUACAAUCAGACUUUUUGCCACUAAUGGAGUUUCCUCUGGCUGGCGAUUAGAGAAAUGGGAGGUUUCAGGUACUUCUGUGUUCUGUGCCUCAUUUUUCAGACACAGAGACUCUUUCUGUCUUUUCUACAGUCUGUGGAUGGUAGCGGACGGUGCAGCCUUUUGACUAACUAACUCAAGUGAUGCUGAUAGUGGCUAUCAUGUUAGUAGUAACAAGAGCCGCUUUGCCCCCAUGCUUCCUGCACCAUUCAUUUUAACAUGACUCAAUAAACUUCUGAUGUGUCUGUUUUCAGAGUUCUUGUCUAAUGUAUAAAGGUGGUAAAGCAUAAUUUAAUGUCUGUUUUUUUUUUUUUUACUGUUUAGGUCACUCAGUUAAUAUCAGUGUGUAUUAUUUGUAUGCAGUACACAUUUGCAGUAUUUUAAAUCCUCCCUGAGAACAAAUCGUAUAAAAUUAAAAAUGGCGCAAACGGAGAAAGACCAAACAUGUAGAUUUUUGAGUACAUUUUUCUGUGUUUUGUUGUUGUUGCAGUAGUGUUUUGUUAUCUGUACUGUAUCUUACAUUUCUUUCAGCGUGUUUGUGCGAGUGUUUAAGAGAAAGUGAGAUACUGAGUGAGUCUUUUCAACAUUCCCUUGAGCACUGGGAGCUAGUUGAGGUUAAAGUGGUUAACUGGAUUUGCUCGGUUGUGCCAAAUUAUGUUAACUAAGCAAAAGAGGGAGUUGGGUUUUGUUGUUGUUGUUGUUGUUGUUGUUUUCAAGGCAAGAGGAAAGAUGGACAGAAGGAAACCACUAAACUCAAUCUCCCAGAGUCCUUUGCUACAGUGAGCCUGUGUAUUUUGUUUUGGUUCCAUUUGAGAAAUCUUUUAGUUUGAUAGUGUACAGUAUAAUUGGUCUAUAAUAUCUCAGUGUGUGAAUGCAGAUUAGGUGUGGUAAUUUUUAUUAAUAAUUAAUUGUCUAUCUGAAUUUAUAGCUAUUUCUGUUUGUUUCCCCCUUUUUUUUACACAGGAAUUCAGCAUUUAUGGACAUUUUUCUGAACAAGAUGUUCUGUUUUGUUUCCCUGUUGUGUUCACAGUAAUUUCUCAUCCACACUGUUUAAUCUUUGCUCCCAUCUUCAGUAUGUUUCAGACACAUAUUGUACAUAGGCUAGUAGCUGUUUAUAUUAAUAUAUUGGGAGGAGGAAGCUUGGUGUUCUCUGGUCCCAAGUGGUUUUCACUCUGUACUUUAUCUCACUUUGGUUUGUUUUCCUAUAAUAAACAGUAAAUGUGUCAAA